AUUAAGUCAAAAAGGGACAGGGAUGAUACAUUCUCUUUAUUAUAGAGAUUAAUGUUUAAUAUAAAAUAAUUUAUGUACAGGCUGCGUACUGCAAUCAUACAUCUAUACAAUUGCUAAAGAAGAAUAAACCACGUGGGGAGAUUCUCGUGAGAAAUUGUACAAUAGAUCCGCCAUCUUUCCAGGAGAUGGUCUCAUCGGACAUUCCAGGGAAGGAUACCGCUGAUUUUAAAUCUUCAAACUAUGGAUAUCUUCCACAAAAUCCAUCACAGGGACCUGGAUAUCCACCUUCACAAACACAAGGAUAUCCCCCUGCCCACGUACCCGGAUAUCCACCUGCCCAGGGACCUGGAUAUCCACCUGCCCAGGGACCCGGAUAUCCACCUGCCCAGGGACCCGGAUAUCCACCUGCUCAGGGACCCAGAUAUUCACCUUCAAAAGGACCUGGAUAUCCACCUGCACAAACACCAGGAUAUCCACCUGUACAGGGACCUGGAUAUCCAACUGCAAAUGGUCCUGAAAACUCUUUGUAUCCAUCUUUAGGACCAGAUAUAUAUCCACCGACUACGUCUGGAUAUCAUACAACCCCAGGAUCUGGAUAUGAAGAGCCCCUGGUAUAUCCUGCAGGAUAUCCUGCAGCCCCUGCCGGGCUCCCCUACCCUCCGAGCCCCUUUCAAGGAGUUCAAAAUCAGCCAGGGUCACCCCUGAGCCCCUGGAACCCCUCAAACUGAAGAGAUUGUGUCUAUAGACCCGUCACUGCCUUCAUUUACAAAGUUAUGUCGGAAUCUUAACUGAACCCUUGAAACUUUAAUCUGAGUAGCUAUACAAGGAAUAUAUCGUAGUUUGGAUCGAUCUUAUAAAUUAACACAUUUUCCUUCUUUUAUUAAAAUCAUAAUUAAAAAUAAUAAAAUAUUUCCUUCAUCCUUAAGGUCAGACAGACAAACAAGGGUACUGUUCGGUAUCGAACAUGUCAUGUCUUUAAAUGAAGAACCGUUUGAAAUCAACCGUAAAUCAAAAUGUACAUUUUAUUGGCUUUAAAUGAAGUUUUCUAAGAAAAAUUAACUCGAAAUUCUAGU